UGCUGUCGUGUCACUGGAGGAGGCCCCGCCCACCGGGAGGCGGGGCUAACGGGGCCGAUCUAGCUGUCCUCUGCGGCUGCCAGUCCGAGUCCAGUCGGCCAGCUCGCUGAAUCCCGCCAACAGAACCCGCCAAAGUCUCCUCCGCAGAACCGGAAGUGCGCCAGGAUGUCCCGGGAGCAGCAGGCGGUGGACCGCGCCAGGAAGGCCUUCCAGACGGGUCGGUCCAAAUGUCUGGAGAACCGCGUCCGGCAGCUGCAGAACCUGCGGAGUCUGCUCACAGAGAGACACAAGGAGAUCGCAGAGGCCGUCAACAAAGACCUCAGGAAGAGCCAAGUGAUGGUCCAGCUCUUCGAGACCCUGGGCCUGGAGGAGGAGAUCAACCUGGCCGUCAGGAAGCUGAAGGAGUGGGCGGCGCCGCGGCCCGUGGAGAAGAGCCUCCUCACGCUCUCCGACCAGGUCUACAUCAAACCAGAACCUCUGGGCGUGGUCCUCAUCAUCGGGGCCUGGAACUACCCCUGGGCCGUCACCAUGCAGCCCCUCAUUGGCGCCAUCGCUGCUGGUAACGCUGCGGUCAUCAAACCCUCGGAAGUCAGCGCGCACACUUCUAAGGUCAUGGAGGAACUGCUGCCACUCUACCUCGAUAAAGAGUUGUACCCGGUGGUGACCGGCGGCGUUUCAGAGACGCAGGAGCUGCUGAAUCAGAAGUUCGAUCACAUCUUCUACACGGGUAGCAGCGCGGUGGGAAAGGUCAUCAUGGCGGCUGCCGCCAAACACCUGACACCCGUCACGUUGGAGCUGGGAGGCAAGAGCCCGUGCUACAUCGACAAGACAUGUGACAUCAGCAUCGCCUGCAGACGUGUGGCCUGGGGAAAGUACACCAAUUGUGGUCAGACCUGCAUCGCCCCAGACUACAUCCUGUGCGAGCCUGAAGUUCAAGGGAAAGUCAUAGAGGAGCUCAAGAGGGCCAUCGAGGAGUUCUACACGAAUGACCCGAAGACGUGUCCGGAUUACGGACGCAUCAUCAACCAGCGCCACUUCCAAAGGAUCCUGCCGUUGUUGCAAGACAGCACGGUCGCUGUGGGCGGAGACAACGACGAGGAAGACUGCUACAUAGGUGAUGCUUCUGAUUCACUAGCAUGUUACAGUCAAGCUGGCACUAACGGUACAUGUGGGGGUCCAGCUCCCACCGUUCUGCGGGACGUGAAGCCAGAAGCCAAGGUGAUGCAGGAGGAGAUCUUUGGACCGGUCCUACCCAUCCUGCCCGUCAGCAGCCUGGAUGACGCCAUCCAGUUCAUCAACAACGGAGAGAAGCCGCUCGCUCUCUACGUCUUCUCCGCUGACCAAAAGGUCAUCAAUAAAAUAUCUGAUGAAACGUCAAGUGGAGGUUUCCUGGCCAACGACUGUUUGGUGCACUACUCCGUCAGCGCACUGCCUUUUGGGGGCGUAGGCAACAGCGGGAUGGGCUGCUAUCACGGCAAGUUCACCUUUGACCAGCUGAGUCACCUGCGAGGCUGCCUGAUCAAGAAGCUGAAAAUGGAGGGCAUGAACGACAUGCGCUACCCACCCCACACGCCCAAGAAGCUGGCCUGGGCUCGCUUCUUCAUCCUCAAGCACCUGGACCUGGGCUGGAUCGGCCGCAUGCUGCUGCUUGCCGCCGUGGCCGUGGUGGCGGCCGUGGUCGCGCAGAGGUAUCUGUGUUAAGACCCCCUGCUGCUUCCAGACGGUCCUCACAUCCCUCCUGCUGCUUCCAGGCGCUCCUCAGCACUCUAACCAACUAAACGAGCUCGUUAUUCGUUUAUUUGCACAAGAAUAUUUAGCUGUUGUCCUUAUUACAUUUCAAUAUGAUGCAGCUCAUUUUAUACUUGAGCUUUCUAACUGACUUUUAAGUAACAUGAAAUCGUAUCGUGUGAUUUAGCAACACAUUUCUAAGUGAAGGAUCUCAGUUGUUUUUUUAUCAUGAAGGAAGCUGCGCUCUUGCUCCCGAGUCGGUUUAAUUUCACCAAUCAGUGUCUGUUUCUGACCAAGCACCAGGAAGUAGUAACUGUAGUUACUCAGGAUUUUUACCGCACAAGAAAAGUUGGACUUUGUAUUUUAAUAUAUCUUUUUAGAGAAUAUUAUUAAUGCUUAUGAUUAAUAUCAAAAUAAAUCCAGACAUAAAUCA